AUGAUGAACACUAUCAUUGAUCAACUAAAUAAAUAGGAUUAUCAAAGUAUUAUUUAUAAUUAAAUUAUGAUAAGAUUGCUUCACUUCUGUAAAUAAAUUUUUAUAGGAGAAUGAAAAAUAGAAAUCAUUUCCAAAAGAAUAUCUCAAAUUAUUUAUUGGCAUCUUGAAUUCAUUAAAGAGUAUUAUAGUUGAGUAAGAGAAUAAAGAAUUUAAAUUCAAACUGUUCUAAAUUCUUAGAUUACUAACAAGAUCGUAAGAUGUUUCAUUUAAUGUUCAAUCUCAAGAAUUUAUCACAUUGAUUGAUUUAAUGUAAAUUAUUUAAAAAUAAACCUCUUAAUCUUUUACAAUGAUGUAAAUAGAAAAUUUGAGCAUUUAAAAACGAUUGAUUUAUUUCAAUAAUAAGGUAUGUGUUUAUUUUUAUUAAAUUAUUUUAGUUGUUAAAAACCUUUAAUUCUAAAUAAAUACAUUCACUCUUAGAUUUAAUGACAUCUUCUUCAAAGGAUUUGAAAUUAAGUUUAUUAGAUUAUAUUAAAUUAGCAAUGGAAAUAGAUGGAUAAUUAAUAUAAUCUGAAAUUUCAUCUCUUUAUUAUGUUGGGAAAAUGCUUGUCUUACUUGAAAAUAAUGAUUAAGAAUUAAAAAUUUAGACAGCAAAUUUAAUUACAAAAUUAUUAGAUUGUUAUCAAUUUAGUGAAAACUUUCGUAAAUUAACAGGAAUGGCAACUGUAAUUUAGGAAAUAGAAAAGAAAGACAAUGAUAAAUUAGAAGUAAAGAUACCUCUAUUAAAUUUAUUAAUGAGAAUAUCUUCUGAUAGCAAGAAUUAUACCGAUCUUAAAGUAAAAAUUACAUAAAAUUUUAUAAGUUAUAUGGAAUUAUAGAAAUUUUGCUAUAAAAUUUAGAUCAUUAAGAGUACAUGAUUGUCACCACAGUUAUAAAUAUUUUUGGUUAAUUAAGUUUUGAUGAUGAAUUAUCAACCAAAAUAGCAUAGAAAGGAUUAUGUAUAGAUAUAAUAUAAAUAUUAGAAAAAAUAAUUAAUCUCAUAUUUAUGUGUCAUCCUCAUAGAAUUAAGUAAUUAAAGUUUAUUGAUAUUAAUAAAAAGGAUUAUCCAAAGGCUAUUUAAGAAUUGCAAAUUUAUACAUUUAGAUUAUUGAGAUAUUUAGCUUCUCUAAAUAGACAUAGACACAUUUUUAAAUAAUUAUUUAUUCCUAGAUUAUUAUAAUAAUUUAUUGACAUUGAGAAUUUUAAUAAAACUUUAAAUGCAUAUAAAAAUUUAGUUGAUGAUUUCAAUUAAAUAGAACCUGAAGAUUUAUUAUGCAUGUAAGAAACAUUGCAAUAAUCUGCAGAAAAUUUUUAUAUACAAAAUACAAUAAAGAAAAUUGGAAAUUAUGAAAUAUUGGAAUAAAUAGGAAAAGGUGCAUUUGGAUCAGUUUAUUUAUGUAGAUUAGGAGGUAAUUUUUAUGCAAUAAAAUAAAUUAAUGAUGUUGAAACUUUAUAAUAUAGAGAGGUAUAAAUACAUUCUGAAUUGAAUCAUCCUAAUAUUGUUAAAUUAUAUGAAUGCUUCAUUCAUGAACAUUCAUUAUGUUUAGUUAUAGAAUAUAUUAAAGGAAUGAAUGUAUAAGAAUUGAUAAAAUUAAUGAAUGAGAAAAAUUAAUAAAUAGAAGAAGAAAAUGUAUGGAAAAUAUUGAUAGAUCUACUAUCAGUACUAAGAUAUUUACAUAUUGAUAAGAACAUUGUUCAUAGAGAUUUAAAUCCUGCAAAUAUAAUGGUAGAUUCAUCAUAUUCAAUUAAAAUCUGUGAUUUUGGAUUGGCUAAACAUUUUUAAGAAGAUAUCAUAAAUAAUUCAUUUGUUGGAACAUUAAUAUAUACUUGUCCAUAAAUAGUAGAGAAUAAGGCGUAUUCUGAGAAAGCAGAUGUUUGGGCUUUAGGAUGUAUAUUAUAUGAAAUGCUUUAAUAAAAGCCUGCAUUUUAAUCUGCAAAUCCUUUGAUGCUUGCAAAAAAGAUUGUUUAAUUAGAAUAUGAAUAAAUAAAUUAAGGGAUUUAUAGCAAUGAAUUAAUAAAUAUAGUUUAGUUAUGUCUUUAGAAGGAUGAAGAUAAAAGGCCAUCAGUUAAUGAAUUGUUAGAAAUGAUAAGUUUAAAGAUGAUUAUUUUAAUGGAUAAUAUAAAAUAAGAGAAAGAUGAUUUGAAAAGUGAAUUACAAGAUUUAUAAUCUAAAAUCAAUGAUUAAUAGUAUGAAAUAAAAAAAGAAUAAUAAGAACCAGGAUUAUAAGUUUGGAAUAUAUUUUAGAAACUCUUACAAUUGUCACUUCAUGAUAAUAAAACUAUUGAUGCUAAAAAUUAAUAUUUGAUUGAAUAAUUUAGAAGAAAGAUAAGUAAACCAGACAAUGAAAUUAAUAUUUAGACUGAAUUAACUAAAUUAACAUUUUUGUCAAAAGAAUUUAUAUCAUAUUUACCAAAGAUUACUUAUGAACAACUAUUUUUUAUAAUUGAGACUGAAUGUAAAUAAUAAUAAAUUUGA